GCAUCAGUAGUCAGUCAUCAUGGCGUUAGCAGCAGCAGCCAAGCGCUCUGCAGCCUCUGCACUUUUCACAAGAUCAUUGUCAUUACCAGAACUCAAAUCCGCCUACUUUUAUCAUAAAAAGGUGGUGGACCAUUAUGAAAACCCUAGAAAUGUUGGUUCCCUGGACAAGAAUGCCAAGAAUGUGGGCACUGGUUUGGUGGGUGCUCCUGCAUGUGGGGAUGUAAUGAAACUACAGGUUCAGGUGGAUGAGAAUGGAAAGAUAACAGAUGCCAGAUUCAAAACAUUUGGCUGUGGCUCAGCCAUUGCUUCCAGCUCACUGGCCACUGAGUGGAUGAAGGGGAAAUCGAUUGAUGAAGCCCUGAAAAUCAAAAACACUGAGAUUGCCAAAGAACUUUGUCUACCACCAGUCAAACUACAUUGUUCCAUGCUUGCAGAAGAUGCAAUUAAGGCUGCAUUAGCAGACUACAGGCUCAAACAGAAGGACAACAAGGAGACGUUGGCAGAGGCUCGAAAUUAAUGUCCUAAUUCACCAAUGAAUCACUGUUACCCACUCUUGUCGUAACUCAAAAAUGGUGUCGUUUAAUUUCCUGACUGAGGUUGCAAUGAACAUAAUAGCCAGUGUAAUCUAUCAUUACUACUAUAUGUGUUCUGCCUUAGCAUUUAUGGUUUGAAGUGGUUUGCAUUGACAGACUUUGGGGAUCUUUGGAUUAAAGUUUGUUUUCUGUAUCUUUCUGAAUCACGCACAUUCGCUAUAAACUUUAUUUCCAGAAGAUACUCAAGAUACGUCCCUCAUACUCAAAUAUUAUAUGUAUACUACUAAAAUGCUUGUAAAUGUAUUCUCAUACACUUUAUAAAAAGGAUAGUAUGGAUUUUGAAAAAAAAUCUUAUUAGCAUUAGAAUUAGCAAGAGGGUCAGUUUAGUUUUGGCAGUGAUUUAUAAGCAAAAAAAAGUGACACCAAAAACCAAAAGAUAUCUGGGCUUUGAUGCUGUAUUAUUUCUUGUAAAAACUUAAUAAAGUUCUAGAUGUUAAUGUUGCA